AUGCGAACAGCGGCCUUCUCGACCACAGCCUGGCAGUGCAAACGCAAAACCAAGGACAACAACAAGAAGCGCGGUGUCAGCAGCCUGUACGGCUCAGGACCCCGAGAGCACCUGUCCAUGUCGGACGUGCCACUGCCCAAGCCGCGCGACUUCAAGCCCAAGGUGGCCGUGGACGAGAAUCAUGGCCUCUGGGGAUUCUUUCCCGCGCGGGGCAAGCUGCUGCCGACACCCCAGGAGGCCGAGUCGCACGGACGGGCGUGGACAGUCGAGGAGCUUCGCAAGAAGUCAUGGGAGGACUUGCACUCGCUAUGGUGGGUGUGCUGCAAGGAGAGGAAUAUGCUGGCGACGUCCCGGGCCGAGCUAGAGAGAGGGAAGCUUGGCUUCGGCGAGCGGGAAUUCGAGCUCCGAGACGGCGAGGUCCAGAGGACGAUGCGACGCAUAAAGCACACGUUGACGGAACGAUUCUACCUGUGGCAGGAUGCCAACGACGUCGCCAAGUCGGACCCGGAGAUUGACCUUGAGGCAGCGAACGGAAAGGUGUACAAGCCAUCCGAAUACGAGGAUGAGAUCCCGGAGCCGGACAGCUGGUCAAAGCCCGGGAGGAGAGCCGACGGAAACGCUGCAACUUCCCAAGGGAGAGAGCCCGACGAGCAGACGACCCUGGGACGGUGA